AUGGGCAAGCUCGCACGCCUCAUAUACAUCGCGGCCGAGGAUAUCGACGAGAACAAGUGCCCGGCUGACUAUGGCCUCGAUUCGCUGAUUGCGGUUGAGACGAGAAACUGGAUCACUUACGACUUCAAGGCCGAUGUAACUGUUUUCGACAUCUUGAGCGGGAAGACGAUAAAGGCGAUUACGGAAAUGAUCGUGGAGAAGAGCAAGUUUGGGGGACAGGAAGAGGAAUAG